UUGUAUGCAUAUGCAUUUGGUUCAUUCAAAGUGCACAUGUUCUUUGUUCCCAAGGCUCUGUCUACUAUAAACAGUGAAGAGGAUGCUGAAAUGGCUCUCCAGUUGUCCAGUUCUCUGACUCAGGCUCUGCUGGCUUACCGCAUCAAGACCGUUCCUACGGCUAGUCCUCUGAAUGAAGUCCUGAAUGCAGUGAAAGGCGUUUCAUUUCCUGGACCCUCCAACAAUAAUCCCUGAUUAUGAAUGAUUAUCGUUCCACAUGCGC